GGGUCCUGACACUUUGUCCAACUGAAUGAAUGGUGGCAGAUUUGUUUCGAACAUUAGCCAUCGACGGAUAUUACCGUUUAAAUCUGGAAACAGCAGACAAAUACUGCAGACUUUUGGAUAUUUUAAAGGUUUAUUGUCGUUUCACAGGAGGACUGACAGGUUUGUUUUCAUCUACGUCUCUGGACUGGAAUUUGGAGUAAGGUGAGGCCUUCUCCUCCGGGCCUUCAGUUUUUAAUUCUGUGGUGGAAACAUGGAGCUGGCGUACGUCUGUGACUGGGAGAAGCGUCCGAAGAGCACCCACUGCCCGUCCAUCCCUCUGGUCUGCUCCUGGUCCUGCAGGAACCUGGUGGCCUUCACCACCGACCUGAAGAACGACGACGACGACAACAAAGAUGUCAGUCACAUGAUCCACAUCAUUGACACCGAUCACCCUUGGGACGUUUACUCCAUCAACUCAGGACAUGCCGAGGUCAUUUCCUGUCUGGAGUGGGACCAAUCAGGUUCGCGGCUGCUGUCCGCAGACGGGGACGGUCAGAUUAAGUGCUGGUCCAUGUCCGACCACCUGGUCAACAGCUGGGAGAGCGUCCUGUCCAGCUCUCUGGACGGAGACCCCAUCGUGGCUCUGAGCUGGUUACACAACGGAGUCAAACUGGCGCUGCACGUGGAGAUGUCUGGAUCCACGAACUUCGGAGAGAAGUUUUCGCGGGUGAAGUUCUCACCGUCUCUGACGCUGUUCGGGGAGCCCAUGGAGGGCUGGCUGGCGGUGACGGUCAGCGGCCUGGUCACCGUGUCGCUGCUGAAGCCGGGCGGCGCCCUGCUGACCGCCAGCGAGAGCCUGUGCCGGCUGCGGGGCCGCGUGGCGUUGGCUGACAUCGCCUUCACUGGAGGAGGGAACAUCGUGGUGGCGGCGACGGACGGGAGCAGCUCAUCCCCCGUCCAGUUCUACAAGGUGGUGGUCAGCGUCGUCAGUGAAAAGUGUCGCAUCGACACCGAGCUGCUGCCGUCUCUGUUCCUGCGCUGCACCACCGACCCGCUGAGGAGGGAGAAGUACCCGGCUGUGACCCACCUGAAGUUCCUGACCCGGGAGAACUCGGAGCAGGUUCUGCUGUGUGCGUCCAAUCAGAGCGGCAGCAUCGUGGAAUGUUGGUCCCUGAGGAAGGAGGGACUUCCUGUCAACAACAUUUUCCAGCAUCGAUCUCCAGUCGUUGGGGAAAAGCAGCCGACCAUCCUGAAGUGGAGGAUCCUGACCACCACCAACGACCUGGAGAGGGUGUCAGCCGUGGCCCUGCCCAAACUGCCCAUCUCCAUCUCCAACACCGACCUGAAGGUGGCGUCGGACACCAAGUUCUGCCCCGGACUGGGUCUGGCUCUGGCCUUCCAUGACGGCAGUAUCCAGAUCCUCCACCGUCUCUCCCUCCACACCAUGGGCGUGUUCUAUGGCUCCUCCUCCUCCUCCGCCGGUCAGCGUCCCGGAGACGAGUCCGCCAUCAAGCGCCAGAGGACCGGAGGCCCCGCCCUCCACUUCAAAGCCCUGCAGUUCUCCUGGACGUCGCUGGCGUUGGCAGGAGUCGACAACCAUGGAAAGCUCCACAUGCUUCGGGUCUCUCCUUCUAUGGGUCAGGUGUUGGAGUUGAACACCACCCUGCUCCACCUGCUGUUCCUCCUAGAGUACUGCAUGGUGACGGGCUACGAUUGGUGGGACGUCCUGCUGCACGUCCAGCCCACCAUGGUCCACAACCUGGUGGAGAAACUGCACGAGGAGUACAUGAGGCAGAACCAGGCACUGCAGCAGGUCCUGGCAACGCGCAUCGUGGCGGUGAAGGCGUCUCUGUGUAAACUGUCGACUGCGACGGCGGCACGGGCCUGCGACUUCCACGCCAAACUGCUGCUGAUCGCCAUCAGCUCCACCUUAAAGUCUCUGCUGAGGCCGCACGUUCUCAACACGCCGGACAAAAGCCCGGGAGACAGACUGACCGAGAUCUGCGCCAAGAACACUGACACCGAUAUCGAUAAGGUGAUGAUCAACCUGAAGACAGAGGAGUUGUUGGACGGCCCUCCCUUACAGUCUCUGCAGCAGCUCAUCCAAUGGGUGGGAGACUUUGUCCUCUACCUGUUAGCCAACCUGCCCAAUCAGGGCUCCAUGGUGCGUCCGGGCUUCGGCUUCAUGAGGGACGGGGCGUCUCUGGGCAUGCUCAGAGAGAUGCUGGUGAUGAUCCGGAUCUGGGGUCUGCUGAAGCCCGGCUGCCUGCCCACCUUCACCGCCACCUCAGACAACCAGGACAGCAUGCAGCUGCUGUUCAGACUGCUGACCAAGCUGUGGAUCUGCUCCCGGGACGACGCCCCCCCCCAGGACCCGGACGACACCCUGAUAGACGAGUGCUGCCUCCUUCCCAGUCAGCUGCUGGUUCCCAGUAUGGACUGGCUGCCGCUCAACGACGGCGUCAUCGUCAAACUGCAGGGAAAACACCCACUGAGGCUGCAGUUCGGAAAGGCCUGGUCCAUGUCCGCAGGGGGGGGCGCAUCCACCCCCCUGGAGGUCUACACCAGCUCUCCCGGAGUCCCCUCCCAGAAGAUGGACAAUCUGCGCUGUGUCCACAUGGGCGUGUGUCCAACUGAGGAGAGCAAGGCCUGCACCAGGUGUGGUUGUGUCACGAUGCUUCGAUCUCCGAACAAAACCAACGCCAUGAAACAGUGGGAGCAACGAUGGAUUAAGAACUGUCUGUGUGGAGGACUGUGGAGGAGGAUCCCCCAGAGCCAGACCUGAACCACCUGGACCUGGACCUGGACCAGGACCAGGACCGAGACCCAGAUCCAGACCUGAACUGACCCUGUCUGUGUGGAGGACUGUGGAGGAGGAUCCCCCAGAGCCAGACCUGGACCUGGACCUGGACCAAGACCCAGACCCAGACCUGAACUGACCCUGUCUGUGUGGAGGACUGUGGAGGAGGAUCCCCCAGAGCCAGACCUGAACCACCUGGACCCAGAGCUGAACCAGGAACCAGAGGGUUGGUCACAUGACCAGACUGUGAUCAUAAACAGGUUCACAGUUCAGAUCCUUUACAGACUGGGUUCAUUCAUCUGAUUUCAUAUGCAAUCUGUCUUUUUUUUUUUUUUACUGUAAAUAGUUUUUUUCUCAUUUUUAAUAAAACCAACAAUAGACACA